AUGGGUAAGUUCCGGGGAGGAACGACGGCGGCGCUGCUGUUAGUGUUGGGUUUGUGGGUGGCGGCGAUGCCCCGUGAAUUUGCGGGCACAGUGAGGGGAGAUGAUCAUGGAAGCCAAUCCAUGGCCCCAAAGCAACAAGAGAAGCCAUCUCCCCUUGAGAUGGCCAGAGACAUCUACUCACUCGUUGCCAGAUCCUCUCUCAGCUCUUGGGACAAACUCAAAUACUUCGUCUAUCAACUCCAGGCUCAAGUUUUCCCCCCUGAUCUUGAUUUCAGGAAGACGCACGGAGCCGAGCCUGAAGGUGGCGGCGGCGCCGGGGGGAGGAUGAAAGAGGCAGCCAGGCAGAGUUUCGAGAGGAGCGCGGAGACUGUCGGAGGAUCAGCCAAGUCGGUGGCCGAUGCCGUCGGAGAAGCCGUGCACAAGACAGCCGAGAAGAUGAUGGAGACGGCAUCGGAUUCCGGUAGACAUGACGAGCUUUAA